AUGGCACAGUCACCGUACGAGGCCGUUGCGCCGUAUCUCAGUCUGGGCCGUGUCCUCCUCCUCUCCUGCGCCGGAUGGCUCGUCUUCAAGAUCCUCCAGGCGCUGUACAACAUCUCCCCUCUUCAUCCUCUGAGCAAGGUGCCUGGUCCCAAGCUCGCGGCGGCCACGUACUGGCCCGAAUUCUACCAUGAUGUGUUACUGACCGGCCGGUACACUCAUGAGAUCAAGAAGAUGCACGACAAGUAUGGCCCCAUUGUGCGCAUCAAUCCCCAUGAGACGCACUGUGCCGACAUGGCCUUUGCCGACGAGAUUUAUGCCAUUGGCGGUCGCAAACGCGACAAGCCAAUCCACCAGAUCAACGGCUCUGCCGUCGGCACGACCAAUGGCUUUGGCACGCCAGACCACGACCUGCACCGCUCACGCCGCGUGCCCGUGGCCAGGUUCUUCUCGCGUGCCAUGAUCGCACGCCUCGAGGGCGAUAUCCACGAUCUGGUCCAGAAGCUGUGCGACAAGCUACUCGCCGAAGGGUCCAAGGCCACCGAGGGCGACGGCAAGAAGAAGGAGCCGUUUGACAUUGCGCACGCCUACAGCUGCUUCACCUCGGAUGCCAUCUUUAGCUACAGCUUUGGCGAGCCCCUCGGUCUGCUCUCGCGCGACGCGUGGACGCCCAACUUUCGAGAGGCGACGCUGGCCGUCCUCAAGCCCGUCUUCAUCUUCCGGUUCUUCCCCUUUCUGAUCGCCACCUCCCGGAUGGGCAAGCAUCUCGUGCCAUACCUGCCCCCGGACGCCGCUCUGCUCAUCCGCACCCUGCAGAUCGACAUUCCUUCGCGCGUGUACAAGACCAAGCACGACCUGGACGCUGGCAUCAGCUACGACCGGCCCACGGUCUUUGGGGAUCUCCUGCAGUCGGAGCUUGACGAGAGCGAGAAGAAUCCCGAGCGCCUGGCGGACGAGGCUGUCGCUGUGGUGGGUGCCGGCACCGAGACGACGAGCUGGGCGUUGGCUGUGAUCACGUUCCACCUCCUCUCGCAGCCUGCGAUCCUGGACAGGCUGCGCGCCGAGCUGUUGACGGUGGUGGAGGACCCCCGUCACCUGCCCGCGUGGACCGUCCUCGAGAAGCUGCCGUACCUGGGCGCUGUCAUCCAAGAAGGGCUGCGGCUGUCAUACGGUGUGUCAAGCCGCUCGGCGCGGACCCCGACGGAGGAGGACCUCGUCUACCGCGGCGAGUGGAACAAGAAGCCCAUGGAGCUGGUCCUCCCCCGAGGCUACGCCAUUGGCAUGUCUGCCGCGAUCACGCACCAUGACGAGCGCAUCUUCCCCGACUCGUACUCGUAUAUCCCCGACCGCUGGCUGGACGAGAAGAAUGAGUUCAGAAAGGACGUUGCGCAUGGCAUGAUGGCCUUUUCCAAGGGCAGCCGCGCGUGUCUGGGCAAGAACCUGGCGCUUUGCGAGCUGCACCUGGCCCUCGCGGCUCUGGCAUUGCGGGUGAUGCCGCACAUGCGACUCGUCGACACAACACAGGAGGACAUUGCGUACGACCACGACAUGUUUGUGCCCAUGGCGAAGAGCGGGAGCCGCGGCGUCAAGGUGCUCGUUGAGCUGGCGAACGGCUCGAUCCCUUCCCGAACCUUCAAUCCGGUGGUUCCGCUUCCUUCCUCUGGCCCAGACGCCGACGCGACAAGACAAGGGGAGCCAUCCAAGGCCCAAGGGGCCGGCCAAGCCUCGAGAACUAAUCUAGGGCGGCCGAGGUGCUCCAUCAUGAGCGGCACGUGGAACGACGACCUCGACCCUCGUCUUGGUAUCAUCACGCCCGUUGGCCUCCCGCUCGGCAUCAUCACGACCUCGAGCAUCUUCCUCUUCUUCUCGCUCCUCUUUACGGCCAUACGGAGCCAUGUCCGCAGGCAAGACCGGGUCUUUGGCUGGGAUGAUGGCCUCAUGGUUGCCGGUACUAUUUCACACGUCGCUUCCGUCAGUGUAGGUAUCGCAGGCCAACUGACAGGCAUCGGCACGCGUGAUGUGCAUCUCAAUCAAUGGCGCUUCGAGGAGUCGAUGAAGAUACACACGGUCUGGCUGCUUGCCUACUCGCUCGCCAUGACCCUGAUCAAGGCGUCCAUCUGCAUCACCCUGCGCCGCAUCGCCGAGGCCAAACGCUCGCUCCGCAUUGUCGUCUGGGUCCUCCUGGCCAUCACCCUUGUCUCUUUCAUCGCAGCGUUCGUCGGCACAGCGGUCCAGUGCAUCCCCUUUGAGGCGCACUGGAGGCCGUACCUCGUCGCCCAGGGCGACGCAUGGUGCGCGCCCACCGUCAUCUUCAUCGUGCUCGGGUACAUUGCCACUGUGUGCACCAUUGUGACGGACGCGGCGCUCGUCGUCGUGCCGGGCAUGCUGCUCUGGAAGACGCAGAUGAAGAUGCAGGCCAAGCUGCAGGUCAUGGGUCUCAUGUCCUUUGCCUCGCUGGCCUCGCUCAUCACCGUCGUCCGCAUCCCGUACGUGCAGAAGUACGGCGGCCUCAAGGACAGGCACUACUGGUGCGCCAUGAUUGUCUUCUGCUCCAUUAUCGAAAGCAGCAUCGGUAUCAUCGCCUCCUCGUUCCCCUCGGUGCGCCGCUUCGUUCGACGUCUCCGCAACAACGGCACGGAUCCCACAGAGAACAGCUGCCAGCCCAACACCGACGACAUCAUCACCUUUGGUGGCGGCGGCGGCGGCAGUGGCGGUGCCUCGUCGAAGCACCAGGGUCGCGGGUCCAAGCCCUCGCGGAGCGCCUUCCACAACCCGACGGAUAAGGGCAUUAGCCUGACGACCGUCAAGGGACGCACCCAAGGCGAGAAGUGGGAGAGGCUGAACGAUGGGGACUCUGACAAGAGAGAUCUGCUCCGGAAGGAGAGCGUCAAGGGGAUACGGGCACAGUACACGUACACUGUCGAGGUAGAGGAGGACACGGAUGGGAGCGUGGACGCGAGGUCAAAAUCGCGGAGGAGUCUGGAGUGA